CGGCGGCGGAGCCUUCACGGGCGCUCACCGGACGAACCCAACAACACUAUGAGGAGGUACAGUCCCCCACACCGUAGUCCCCCAAGGAGGGGAUAUGGCGGCAGCCCCCCACGGGGCCGUAGCCCCCCGAGGAGAGGAUAUGGAGGCAGCCCCCCACGGGGCCGCAGCCCCCCGAGGAGGGGAUAUGGUGGCAGAGGAAGAAGUCCCCCUAGGAGGGGUGGAUAUGGAGGACGGAAGGAGCAGGGAUCCGGGAGUCUCUUGGUCCGCAACAUCCCAUUAAGCGCCAGAGCGGAGGAUCUUCGUGUUCCCUUUGAAAGGUUUGGUCCCGUUAGGGAUGUUUACUUGCCAAAGGAUUAUUACAGCGGGGAGCCGCGAGGGUUUGCGUUUGUGGAGUUUGUCGACCCUUAUGAUGCCUCUGAGGCCCAAUAUCACAUGAAUCGCCAGGUAUUUUUUGGCCGGGAGAUAACGGUCGUGCUUGCUGCUGAGUCGCGGAAAAGGCCAGAGGAUAUGCGUACUAGAACUAGAGUCAGGGGGUAUUCUGGAGGUGGUCAUGAAGGCCGCCGUUCGUCUCACCAUGGGAGAUCUCGUUCGCGUUCACGCUCAUUCUCCCCUGGCCCUCGUGGCGGUGGCCGUGCUCGGUCAAGGUCAUACUCUCCUGCUCCUAGAAGGCGAGAUGACUACUCUGCUUCACCACGGGGAAGGGAUUCUCACCGCACAAAAUCUCCUGUGCGUCAUCCAAAAGAGCAUGGAGAAGACAAGCGGAAAUCCUAUUCUCCUGCUGGUGGGGAAGGUGACCAACGUGAUGCUGAUAAUGGUUAUGAUAAGAGGUCACCAGCCCCAGACAGUGAUGGUUCCCCUUCACGCCGUAGGGCAGCCAGGCCAGCUUCAGGUUCACCUCCAGGAUCCCGCUCUAGGUCCCCUGAGGCCUCCCCCGCCCACAGUGACUGAUAAGAAGUUGCCACCAGCUGCAGUUCUUAUUUCGUGCCUCUGUCUAGCUUCUACCGUUAUCAGACCCUGUUUGGUUCCAGUAAAACCCUUUGUGUGUGUUGUAUUGAGUGUAGCUGUCUGUCAUAGACCUUUAGCCUGUUCUAUGCUGGCUUUGUUGCUGUUGUACGGUUGAACCUUAUUACCUUUUA